GCAUCCCGCAUCCCGAUGGCCCCCUGGACGGCGCUGCUGCUCCUGGCCGCCCUGAUCCUGGUCGCCUCCUCUUCCUCCUCCUCCUCCUCCUCCUCCUCCUGGUCCUCGUCGGCGGCGGGGACCCCAGUGGACCACCCACUGAAGCCAAGGCGCGUGAAACUGCUGUCCACUAAAAUGGGCCUGAAGGUCACGUGGGAUCCUCCCAAAGAUGUCUCCAGUAGACCUGUGGAGCAUUACAGCAUUGCCUAUGGGAAGUCACUGAAAAGUCUUAAGCACAUCAAGGUGAAUGCGGAGACCUAUUCCUUCCUUAUUGAGGAUGUGGAGCCUGGGAUAGUGCACUUUGUGCUGGUCACGGCAGAAAACCGCAAUGGAGUCAGUCGCCCGGUUUACAGAGCCGAGAGCCCACCCGGAGGUGAAUGGCUCCAGAGUGAUGGUUUUCCCAUUAAGGGUCCAGCACCAUAUAAUGAGACCGUCACAGAAAAGGAAGUGCCCAACAAGCCCUUGCGCAUGCGUGUCCGGCCCUCCGAGGACAGGCUGUCCGUGGCAUGGAAGGCACCACGCCUGUCUGGAGCCAAGAGCCCUCGCCGAUCCCGGGGCUUCCUUCUGGGCUACGGGGAAAGCGGCCGGAAGAUGAAUUAUGUCCCGCUGAGCAGAGAUGAGCGGACGCACGAAAUCAAGAAGCUCGCCUCCGAGUCAGUGUACGUGGUCUCCCUGCAAUCUAUGAACUCCCAAGGGCGGAGUCAGCCCGUCUACAGGGCUGCCCUCACGAAACGCAAGAUUUCAGAAGAGGACGAACUGGAUGUACCCAAAGACAUUAGUGUCCGGGUGAUGUCAUCCCAAUCCAUGCUCGUGGCCUGGGUGGAUCCCCUUGUGGAAAAACAGAAGAGAGUUGUCGCAUCAAGACAGUACACCGUGCGCUAUCGUGAGAAGGGGGAGUCGGCCAGGUGGGAUUAUAAGCAAGUUGCUAACAGGCGUGCGUUGGUGGACAACCUGAUCCCAGACACCGUGUAUGAAUUUGCAGUCCGCAUCUCACAGGGUGAAAGAGACGGCAAGUGGAGCACGUCUGUCUUCCAAAGAACGCCGGAAUCUGCUCCCACCACAGCACCUGAGAACUUGAACGUCUGGCCAGUGAGUGGCAAACCCACGGUUGUCACUGCCUCCUGGGACCCACUACCAGAAACUGAGGGGAAAGUGAAAGAAUACAUUCUUUCAUACGCCCCGGCUCUCAAACCAUUUGGAGCAAAGUCGCUUACCUUCCCCGGACGCACCACAUCUGCCCUGGUGGACGGUCUGCAGCCUGGGGAACGCUAUCUGUUCAAAAUCCGGGCGGCAAACAGGAGAGGCCCCGGGCCACACUCCAAAGCCUUCAUUGUCGCUAUACCAACCAGUGACAGCGAGCCCAGGGUCCACACUGAAGAAAACUGGAAACCCAGGAACCUCGGGCCUGCCUCACCUGCUCCCAAAGCCCCGGCGUCCUCAGAUCACACUGCCCCGGGCAGAAAUGUCAAGGAUGCUCUACUUGACUUGAAAAACAAAAUACUGGCCAAUGGUGGGGUGCUCAGGAAACCCCAACCCCGCCCCAAGACGGGAGAAUUGGCUCUUCAGUCCACAGAAGUCACUGGUGAGGAGGAGGAAGUAGAUUCCCUGGAGGGCCCACGUGCGUCUCCCUCAGAAACUCAAGACCAGAGGCUAGCGCUGAGGCCACCAAGUAGACCUGGCCACUGGGUCCCAGCUCCCGGAAGGCCUCCAUCGAGGGCCGGGUCAUCAGUGCUGACCCGAAAGGAAGGUGUGGACAGGCAUGGCCCCUCACAGGCUUCCCACCCUCGCCAUAGGGUCUCUCCCUCUGGGGAGGCCUCUUCUGCCCACCAUCAGCCCAGCUCCAUCGACAAUGACUCUGUGGACUCCGAUGAGGACGUACAAACAGACAUCCCACAUCCUAAGGCAACCUCCUCCUCCCAGCCACUCCCUCCCAGGAACGCGGCCCAGCGCCGGCCAGACCUGUCCCCCAGCCGACUGGCAUUCCCGGGUAUCUCCCGUGACAGGAGCCCCGUGCAGCUGGGGGCAAAACCAGCCUCACCCACGCGCCGGCGGCCCCAUGCCUCCCCCUCGGGAGAGGAGGACCCCAUCGCCCCAGCCCCACCCUCGAGACUUUCUCCAUCACACACGGGGUCCUCUCGGUCCCAAGCACCCCCCAGGCCCCCGCUCUCUAGGGGCUGGAAGGAUGCCCAGGCCUCCAGCUCCCGCACUGCCGCAUCACCGUCCAGGACAGAAGCCUCUGAGGAAGGGGACGCUUCUGAUGGCGGGGUCGGCGGUGACAGACGUGCCGAAGAGCCUGAGCGGCAAGCAGAGGUCACGGUCCCCACCCAGAGGGCCAGGCCUGCCCCUGGACACUUGGGUUUGCUCCGGAAUAAACCCUUCGCUGCCAAUGCCAGGACUCCACACAGGUCCCCCAGUGGCCGGGGACUAGCGACACAGCCCUCUGGGUCCUUGGCCCGCCCUCAGCCAGACUCUCACCCUCAGCUUGGCUCAGACGUCCAUGGAGACGGGGACGAUGAGGAGCCACUUGCGGCCACUGUGGUCAAUAAGCACGUGUCUUCCUCCUCCAGGCUCCCCGGGGGCUGGGAUCCCCGAAGAGGUCCCCAGAGAGGGACCAGCCUGUACCGGAAAGAGCCCAUCCCGGAGAAUCCUGAAUCUGCGGAGACAGAUGAGCGUCCGGAGAGCAAAUCUUCCAGCCUGCCUCCCAAGGCCCAGGAUAUCCAACAGAGCACUGACAUGGCCAUGGGCCGCCGGGGGUCCCCUGCACGUCCUCCACCAGUGAGGUUGCAACCCUACCCCGGCUCCAGUGUCCCCAGAAGAAUGGCCCCCGGCCGGGCCCCAGAAAAGCAGCAUGAGGUCUCCAUGCCCCAGGGCAAGGAUGCCGAGCGGUCGCUCUCCCAGCCCAAGCUGGCCCUUGCCCCCACGUCCCAGGGCAGCGUCCACUCCUUUUCAGAUCCACACACGGCGAGCUCGCGUGGGGUGCUCCGCUCGGCGCCCCGGGGCCAGGACGGGAAUUCCCAGGACAGCUACGAUGACAAUAGCACAGAAGUUGAGGACCCUGAUGGCCAGACCCCUGCCCACGCUGACCGCACCAAGGAUGCCACCCCGGCUCUUUUCAAGCACCGUCACGUGGGGUCUCCGGUAGAAAACAGCGAAGACAGAUCCCCGAGGCCUAGCCGGCCCAGUAGUGCCCAUCCCCGCCUACGUGUCCCUGGCAAGACAGGGGUCCAGGCCAGCCCUGGGAAGAAGACCCCACCUUCCAAGCACCCCCAGCCACCCAAAUCUCAACAGUCAGUCUCUGCUGAGGAAGAGGAGGAGGAGGAAGAUGAGGGCUUUUUGAAAGGGAAGGAGGACCUUCUGUCUGCCUCUGCCUCCAAGUGGUCCUCUACCUCCAGGGGUAGCAAAUACGGUGACAGGGGCGUUGACAAGGACAAGGCGGCCAUUGCGAUAGCCCCCCGAGGGAGUCCGGUGCAGGAAGAGCGCGACACCCCUGGAAAGCGACCUCAUGCCCCACCUCCAGGCGGCCCCCCAAUGGCUUCACGACCCCCUACUCCUCGCCCUCCUGGCAGCUCUGAUCCCAUCGCUGGCACCCACUCCUGGCCAAGGCACACCACCCGGGCCCCUCCCAGCUACUCCUCCACCACACCCAUGCUGUCUUUGCGCCAGCGAAUGCAGCGCAGGUUCCGGACCCCUGUCUCACGCCAGCCUGUGAGGCCCUCUCACACGCAAGGUUAUAAUGGCAGACCAAAUGUAGAAGAGAAAAUACCUCCUGGUAGUAUUGGAAAACCGAAUGGACAAAGAAUUAUCAAUGGUCCUCAAGGAACAAAGUGGGUUGUGGACCUGGACCGUGGGUUAGUGCUGAAUGCAGAAGGCAGGUACCUCCAAGAUUCACAUGGCAACCCUCUUCGCGUGAAGCUGGGCGGAGACAGCCGCACCAUCGUGGAUCUGGGAGGGACCCCUGUGGUGAGUCCUGAUGGGCUUCCCCUCUUUGGGCAGGGGCGACACGGCAAGCCCUUGGCCAGUGCCCAGGAUAAACCCAUCUUGAGUCUUGGAGGGAAGCCUUUGGUGGGCUUGGAGGUCAUCAGAACGACUACCCAUCCCCCUCCCACAACCAUGGCACCAAGCACAACCACCACCACCACCGUGCCCACCACCACAACUCCCAAACCCACAACCACCACCACCCGCCGCACCACCACCCGCCGCACCACCACGACCACGCGACCCACGACCACAGUUCGAACCACUCGACGGACAACCACCACCGCUGCCACCACCACCACCACCACCACCACCACCACCACCACCACCACCCCCACCCCGGAACCCUCCACCCCUGCCCCUACCUGUCCCCCAGGGACCCUGGAACAGCAUGAUGAAGAUGGCAACCUGAUAGUGGGCUCCAGUGGGAUCCCAGAGUGCUCCCCUGAGAAAGAUGAAUUCUCAGGCCAGGAGGCCGACACCGCAGUUCCCACAGAAGAGGCCUACGUUGUGUACGAUGAAGACUAUGAAUCUGAGACCACGAGGCCACCACCCACCACCGUGCAACUGACCACUGCUGCCACGCCGAAGGUCAUCCCAGAGGAAGGCACAGUCAGCUCUUUCCCCGAGGAAGAAUUUGAUCUGGCUGGAAAGAAGCGAUUUGUUGCUCCAUAUGUGACAUACCUAAGUAAAGAUCCGUCUGCCCCAUGUUCUCUGACGGAUGCUCUAGAUCAUUUCCAAGUGGACAGCCUGGAUGAAAUCAUCCCGAGUGACCUGAGGAAGGGUGACCUGCCUCCUCAGCAUGCUCCCCGCAACAUCACUGUGGUGGCCAUGGAAGGCUGCCACUCGUUUGUCAUUGUGGAUUGGAAUAAAGCCACCCCUGGAGAUGUGGUCACAGGAUACUUGGUAUACAGCGCAUCCUAUGAGGACUUCAUCAGGAAUAAGUGGUCCACCCAAGACUCAUCAGUGACCCAUUUGCCCAUCGAGAACCUGAAGCCAAACACAAGAUACUACUUUAAGGUUCAAGCUAAAAAUACUCACGGCUAUGGGCCCAUCAGCCCUUCGGUCUCAUUCGUUACAGAAUCAGACAAUCCUUUGCUUGUGGUGAGGCCACCAGGUGGUGAGCCCAUAUGGAUCCCAUUUGCUUUCAAGCAUGACUCCAGCUACACAGACUGCCACGGGCGGCAAUAUGUGAAGCGGACGUGGUACAGAAAGUUUGUGGGAGUCGUUCUUUGUAAUUCACUAAGGUACAAGAUCUACCUCAGCGACAACCUGAAAGAUACGUUCUACAGCAUUGGAGACAGCUGGGGACGAGGUGAAGAUCAUUGCCAGUUUGUGGAUUCACAUCUUGAUGGACGAACAGGACCUCAGACCUAUAUAGAAGCCCUUCCCAACAUCCAAGGCUACCAUCGCCAGUAUCGCCAGGAGCCCGUCAGCUUUGGCCACAUUGGUUUCGGAACCCCUUACUACUAUGUGGGCUGGUACGAGUGUGGGGUCACCAUCCCUGGAAAGUGGUGACCACAGGACCAGCCUGCUGCAAACACGCCCUCCUAGCCUCGUCGACUAACUUGCACUAGGGGCUGUGAGCAAGAGAAAGACAAUGUUCCAAGCCUUCUGCCCCUGGGUAUCAGGAGGCUGCAGGAUGGACACAGGACAAUUUGGUCAUCUUCAGUCUGACCUGGACUACAGACAGGGCUCAGUUUUGCUGAAACUUCAUGUUACCACAUUUUUGUGGUUCAUGAUAGCACAUUCCAGUGACAUCAAAAAAACCAGCAGCAGACCCAGUGCGAUUUUCAGACCCUCCCGUAUCUCUAGGAAACAGCGAUAGCACACGGUGCUUGCUUCAUAGACUGCUCCUGCUCUUCUCACUGCUGAUGCCUCCCACGUCAGCUCAGUUUAAGCUUCAGAUCUCUCUGUAUGCCAUAGAACUGAAUUGCCCCGAGCACCACCGAAGGAAAUUUACCCACCUUCCCAUUUCCUCUGUGGACUUACCCACUGCUACACGAAAUGCAACAAAUCUUAUUUGUAAAUUCCCAAUUUUGAUAUAAAUAUAUAUGUGUGUAUAUAUGCAUAUACAUAUCUACACUUAUCUGCAAGAAUAUUGAUUAAAAUUGCUAACUUUAUUGUUCGCUAGAUAAA